CGACAAGGUAACUCCAGCUAACUACCUUUGAGUUGGACUUUUUUAAUUGGUCGGGCAAGUUUCAUAAAAAUCUGUUAAUAAUGUAUAACAUGAUGGAAACUGAACUGAAACCCCCCGCACCCCAGACAAAUUCUGGGGGUACUGGGAAUUCAAAUUCAUCUGGAAACAACCAGAAAAACAGUCCAGACCGAGUCAAGAGACCCAUGAAUGCCUUCAUGGUUUGGUCGAGGGGACAACGAAGAAAGAUGGCACAGGAAAACCCCAAAAUGCACAAUUCGGAAAUAAGCAAAAGACUUGGGGCGGAGUGGAAGCUUCUAUCUGAGAGCGAAAAGCGACCUUUCAUUGACGAAGCGAAGCGUCUCCGUGCUCUCCACAUGAAGGAACAUCCGGAUUACAAAUACAGACCCCGGAGGAAAACCAAGACGCUGAUGAAGAAGGACAAAUACACUCUGCCAGGUGGGCUUCUUGCACCGGGCGGCAAUGGCAUGGGCGCGGGAGUGGGUGUAGGGGGAAGCUUGGGCGGUGGGGUUAAUCAAAGGAUGGACAGUUACGCACAUAUGAACGGCUGGACCAAUGGAGGUUAUGGCAUGAUGCAGGAGCAGCUUGGCUACGGGCAGCACCCUGGUUUAAACGCUCACAACAACGCGCAGAUGCAGCAAAUGCACCGCUAUGACAUGAGCGCACUUCAGUACAACUCCAUGACUAACUCCCAGACCUACAUGAACGGAUCACCCACGUAUAGCAUGUCCUACUCACAGCAGAGCACUCCUGGAAUGACUCUGGGCUCCAUGGGUUCGGUGGUCAAGUCAGAGUCCAGUUCCAGUCCCCCCGUAGUCACGUCGUCGUCUCACUCCAGGGGUGCUCCGUGUCAGACAGGAGACCUACGGGACAUGAUCAGUAUGUACUUACCGGGCGCUGAGGUGCCGGAGCAAACUGCCCAAAGCAGACUCCACAUGUCCCAACAUUACCAGAGCGCACCUGUACCCGGCACGACGAUCAAUGGCACACUCCCAUUAUCACAUAUGUAAAUUAACUUUUAUAAGAGAAACUGGACUACUUUGGACUAUUUUUGUACAGAAAAUUUGGGGUGGGAAAAGUUGUAUAGAACUCAAGGAAAGAACAUAAAACUUUUUUGUCUUUCUAUUCGAAAGAUAAGUUCUAGAGGAAUGAUAGGAACUCUGCAAAGGUUUUUCAAUGAUGUAUAAGUUUGGAAAGUAGAAAGUGGGAGAGUCUCAAUCAGAUGUUUUAUUAUUGCAAUCACCUUUUGUACAGUAUUUAU